AGAUAUUGUUAUUAUCUGCAAUACCAAUGAAAAUUUGCGGGAUUGGAGACGUGGAAUCGUACUGAAAACAUUUCCCGGACCAGAUGGACAAGUUAGGUCAGCGCUUAUUAAGAUAUCAACGGGCAACCUAAGGAGACCUGCCUCAAAGUUAGCAGUUUUUGAUGUUUCUGAUGACCCUCAACUCACAGAUACUCCUUCGGUUCACGGGGGGCGGGAUGUUGCUGAUAAAUGUACUUAGCUUUAUGUUCCACAUAUUUAUUUUAAUCGUAAGGCAACUCUGUUUAAGUAUACUCAAAGAUGUAAUGGCUUCUUCCGUUUUACUUUUUUACGAGUAGCCGAGGAGAAACCACGGAUAAAUAUUAAAACUCUCGCGCUCUCUCGCAAUCUCACUCACGCACGCACGCGUUUGUGUUUCUCUGAAUAAAGUGUUUUAAUAUAUUCGUGUUUCUUUUCUAUCAGUUGCCGCCGCAACAUUAUUUUAAUAUUUAUCCACGUGUGCCAUCGCGAAUUAUUGCAUGCCACGCUACAAUUUAAGAAGUCAAAAAACACAUAACGCGAAUCCAUCGAAAAUGCCGAUUUCAAAUGAAGACUCUUUUAGCGAUAACGAUGGAGACCGCCCAAUGGUCAUGCCAGACAACGCAGUUGCAGAUUUACAAAAACAAAUACGUCAGCUGCAACUAUCUUUGGAAGCCUCCGAAAAGGAGAGGUUAUCUCUGAAACAAACAAUCGCCUCGACAACUGCCGCUGUCGAUACCAAGAUUGCUGAGUCACUUGCCGACUUUUUUCAAGUCAGUGCUGCCGCACCUGUUAAGCCAAUGUAUGCCUAUACAAAUACAGCCAAUAAUUUUGCCUACUCAUUGCCACACAUGAGCUUUGCUAACGCCGCCGUUCUUGCCCCACCGAAUUCUAACGUCAACGCUGCGGACGUAUUUUUCACCCGUUCAAAUGCUUAUACAAAUUCCAACUACAACCCUACAUUAGCCCACCAGCAUAUGCCCAGCUAUAUGCAUCCUAUUACGCCUUAUUUGAAUGUCACCGCAGGUAACUUUUCGCCGAUUGUAAAUUUUGCUGACAUUAAAUCUACAGCCGCCACAUCUUUAAACAAUACACAUUCGUCACCUAUGCAGAAUAAUAACACAUUAAUGUCGCCAAAUAACCAACAUUUUAUACGCAAACUUCAAGAUUUACCACAGUUUUCAGGCUCACCCGAAGAGUGGCCAAUGUUUAUCGUCGCCUUUAAAGAGACAACCAACAUGUUCGCAUACAGUAAUGUAGAGAACUUACUGCGCUUACAGAAAGUUCUUAAGGGAGAUGCCCGGUCAAAGGUUGAAUCGCUAUUAAUUCACCCUUCAAGUGUGAAUGCGGUGAUAUCUUCGUUACAGUUUCAUUAUGGACGACCUGAGCUACUAAUACGCAGCCAGCUCGCAAAAGUCAGAUCGUUUCCAUCAAUCACAAGUGGAAAAUUGCGUGAAAUCGCUAAUUAUAGUUCAAUGGUAACAAAUUUAGUCGCAUUUUUGGAGAACGCCAGUGCUGCACCUCAUCUUUCAAACCCAACACUGCUCGAUGAAUUGGUAAGUAAACUACCUAUUUAUAAACGGGAAGAAUGGGCACGUCAUACGUUUGCAAUAAACAAACCAUACCCAACAAUAUGUGAAUUUAGUUCAUGGUUACAACAGAUGUCAACAUACGUUGUAAUGGCAACAGAACUGAACACACCACACGUCAGUUUCGAACAACCAUCACGAAAAUGUAAUAGAUCACCAAAAACAGUGCUAUCCAUAUCUGAAGAAAAAUUAAAAUGUAUAUUUUGUAAAGGUAAUCAUCGAUUGUACCAAUGCAUGAAAUUUAAAGAAGUUCAUAACGACAAGCGAUGGGAAUUGUAAAAACAAAUCGCUUGUGUUUUUGUUGUCUUUCUCCAGGUCAUAAUGUUUAUAAUUGUACACGACGUCGUACAUGUGGUAUAGCAUCAUGCCAGAAAUAUCAUAAUAAAUUACUUCAUAAUCAAGUCGAUCAAAAUGCCAACAUUGGCAACUCCGUAUCUGCUGAAUCUGCUGUUGCUACUGUCAGCACUUGUCAGCCAUCCGUAAAUGAAGAGCUACCAUUGAUUAAAAAGGUAGGUGUAGAAAACACAAACAGAAAUACAACCUUAUUGAAAUUUUUACCAAUUAAAUUAUAUGGCCCGAAAGGUAGCAUUAAAGUAAUAACCUUCAUUGACGAUGGGGCUAGGGUUACUUUAAUAGAAGAAGAAACUGCAAACGAAAUUGGCCUUAGGGGCAGAAAGGAAUUGCUUCGUCUCAAAUGGUUUGAUGACCAAACAACCAGCGGAGUCUCAAAGCUUGUGAACUUAGAAAUAUCGGGUUCACUAAAUAAAAAUAAAAGGUUUUAUAUCAACGGCGUCCGAACUACAAAAAGGUUAAUUUUACCUUCUCAAACGUUACCAGCGGAACUAAUUAAAGAACAAAAUAAGGAGUUACGGAAUUUACCAAUCGAAAGUUAUUUUGAUGCAAUGCCAAAAAUUUUAAUUGGAAUGCCCAUAUAAACUUAGUUCGACCAUUGAAUGUAAUUAACUUCAAUGAAGGUUUUACUGUUCAUGAGACUAAACUAGGCUGGAUUUUGUUUGGUUCAGAUGAAAACAAUUCCGACUCGUCAACAAUUUGCCACGUGCAUAUUGACAAUGGUUUCAAUGACUUACAAAAACAAAUCGCUGAUUAUUUUGAAUUAGAAGGCUUUCAAACAAUAUUUCCUGCUAUAAAGUCUAUCGCAGACAUUAGAGCCGAGGAAAUCUUGCAAAGUACAACGAAGUUUGUGGGUGAUAGGUACGAGACGGGUCUUUUAUGGAAAAACGACAACAUAUCUCUGCCAGUGAGUUAUAACGCAGCACUAAAACGACUUCAAAUUGUAGAACUCAAAAUGACAAAGGAUAUUAAUUACAAAAAAUGGUAUAUAGAAAAGGUAAACGACUACGUAGAGAAGGGUUAUGCCAAAAAACUUACUUCGGAUGAAGUUGAUAUACAGAGCGAGCGAAUAUGGUAUUUACCCCAUUUCGCGGUUUAUAAUGUAAACAAAGGCAAUAAACCAAGAUUAGUGUUUGAUGCAGCCGCGACAGUAAAUAAUAUUUCUUUGAACUCUAUGCUAAUGAAAGGUCCUGAUAGUUAUCAACCGAAACCAUUACAGUCAAUUUUAUUCAAAUUUCGUGAAGGGAAUAUAGCUAUUUGUGGUGAUGUAAGAGAGAUGUUGAGAUGUGAAGGAUGUAAAUUCACAACGUUUUUUAUGGCGUGAAGGGGAUACCAUGAGGCAGCCUGAUGUGUAUGUCAUGAAGGCAAUGAUUUUUGGUUCUGCCUGCUCUCCAUGCUCUGCGCAAUUUGUGAAGAAUUUGAAUGCAUCAAAAUUUCAAAAUGACUAUCCGAGGGCAGUCGAUGCAAUCAUUAAUCGCCACUAUGUUGACAAUUAUGUGGAUAGCUUUACCACCGUUGAUGAAGGUAUAUGUGUAUCGGAAAGAGUGACAGAGAUUCACAGCAAAGCAGGAUUCGUUCUCAGAGGCUUUGUUUCGAACUCCUCAAAAUUAUUGAAAGCCAUUAACAGAAACUCCGAGCCAGAGUGUAUCUCCAAGAAUAUGUGUGGAUCAAAAUCAACAAAUGAUAAGGUAUUAGGGAUGCACUGGGAUGCUAAGCGAGAUGUAUUCUUCUAUAAUUUAGUAUUCGCUAGAAUACCGACAUCAGUUUUAAAUGGCAGUCGACGACCAACAAAAGCAGAAUUAUUGGGUUUAACGAUGUCGAUAUUUGAUCCAUUUGGGUUCCUCGCAAAUGUUACUUUAAUUCCCAAAAUUUUAUUGCAAAGAUUAUGGCAAGUUAAUCUGGGUUGGCAUGAUACAAUACCCAACGAUAUAUACGAUAAAUGGUACGAGUGGUACAAAUCUCUUGAAAACUUAAGAGAGUUCAGAAUACCUAGAUGUUACAGCCCAUUUUUUAAAGAUCCAUCUUCCGAAAUACAAUUGCACAUAUUCGUAGAUGCUAGUGAGUUAGCGUUUUCUGCCGUGGCGUACUUUCGUAUACGAUAUUAUAACCAAAUAACAGUAGUUUUCGUCGCGGCAAAAUCUCGUUGCAGUCCUCUGAAGCCAAUGUCGAUUCCUAGGUUGGAACUACAGGCUGCAGUACUCGGAACACGUCUACGUAAAAUAAUUGUUGAAAGUCACACAAUAAAUAUUGCGUCAAUAAAUUUUUGGUCGGAUUCUAAAACUGUUAUUCAGUGGAUUCAUUCCGAAGCCCGCCAAUAUAAACAAUUCGUAAGCAAUCGGAUUUCUGAGAUUCUUCAUGAGUCUGAAGUAUCGCAAUGGAGAUGGGUACCUGGAUCGCUAAAUUCAGCUGACAAUGCUACAAGACCUCAGUUAUAUACAGGACUGGUUGAAGAUUCAAAGUGGAUUAAUGGACCACAGUUUUUAAAGCAGAGUGAAGAAAAUUGGCCUGUUCUACCAGAUCUUUCUACAAAUGAAAUUGACAUCGAGAAGAAAGCAAAACAACUUUUUACUAUAUACGAGUACACUCCUGAAAAUUUCAUACCAUUCACGAAAUAUUCUAAUUUUUACAAAUUUCUUAAAAUUAUGAAUUGGGUCCGAUUCGCCGUUUUAAGAUUUAACGAUUUGCUAAACAGAAAUACCGAAAUUCAGCGCACACCGUUAAAUGUCACAGCCAAGUCCAUCAAAGAAACAGAAGAACUAGUAGUUCGACUGGUUCAAGAAGCCGUUUUCGCGGACGAACUUUUUCUAUUAAAGAAUAGUAAGCAGCUCCCAAAACAGAGUCCAUUAUUUGCACUAACACCGAUCAUUGACGAUAGGGGAUUACUUUGUCUUGGAGGUCGAAUUGAUAACGCUCUGUAUCUACCUGUUUGCACGAGAAGUCCAGUAAUUUUACCAAAGAAUCAUCCAUUGUCACGACUAAUAGUUCGCCAUUUUCAUGAAAUAUUUUAUCAUCAAAAUCAGGAAGCUAUUAUCUGUGCAAUCCGAGCUAAAUAUUGGAUACCAAACGUUCGGAGCCUUCUUAAAUCUGUGAGAAGUGAAUGUCAGUUCUGCAAAAAUGCAGCAGUUACUCCAAGGCCUCCUCUCAUGGGCCAAUUACCAGUUGAUCGUUUAUCACCAUACGUCAGAGCUUUCUCGUACACCGGUCUUGACUAUUUUGGGCCAGUAAUAGUGUCCAUCGGUCGACGGCGAGAAAAGAGGUGGGUGGCACUGUUCACCUGCUUGACGAUUCGAGCGAUACAUUUAGAGGUGGCCAAAGAUUUAUCAACUGAUUCUGUAAUUUUAUGUCUGCGAAAUUUUGUCAACCGUAGAGGAAUUCCCGUCCGUAUAAGAAGCGACAGAGGGACAAAUUUUAUCGGAGCAAGCAAGGUCGAAUGGUUGCAUGUUUCUAAAGAUGUAGAACGGGAAUGUAAUCGGUGUGGUAUUGAGUGGGUGUUUAAUCAACCCGCGGAUCCAUCUGCAGGUGGGGCAUGGGAGCGCAUGGUUCAAAGCGUUAAACGUGUGUUGGCAUUUACUUUGAAGGAAAAAGCUCCUCAAAUUGAGACAUUGCAAAGCUUACUAAUCGAAGCUGAAAAUUUAAUAAAUUCUCGUCCACUUACACAUUUAUCAAUUGAAAGUUCUGAUGAUGAACCGUUAACUCCUAAUCAUUUUCUGUUGGGAUGCCCAAACUACAUACAAACUCCUACUGAAUCAGAUAAAGUAUGUUUGCAAAAACAAUGGCAAAUUUUACAACAGCUAAAACAGACGUUUUGGCGCAGAUGGGUAUUAGAGUACCUACCAACGCUUACGCGUCGUACUAAGUGGCACAAAAGAGUUAAUCCCAUUCGUGUUGGAGAUGUUGUUAUUAUCUGCGAUACCAAUAAAAAUUUGCGGGAUUGGAGACGUGGAAUCGUACUGAAAACAUUCCCUGGACCAGAUGGACAAGUUAGGUGAGCGCUUAUUAAGACAUCGACGGGCAACCUAAGAAGACCCGCUUCAAAGUUAGCAGUUCUUGAUGUUUCUGGUGACCCUCAACUCGCAGAUACUCCUUCGGUUCACGGGGGGCGGGAUGUUGCUGACAAAUGUACUUAGCUUUAUGUUUCAAAGAUGUUGUUGACAAAUGUACUCAGCCUUAUGUUCUAAAUAUUUAUUUUAAUCGUAAGGCAACUCUGUUUAAGUAUACUAAAAGAUGUAA